AUGAAUUACAAGAAGCAACUUUCACUAGGUGCAAGCGCACUUGCCCCACUCUUUAUGCUAUACUUCGGUUACAAGUACACUAUUUUCCAUGUUGAUACUGGUCAUGGAGCUAUCGUUUUCAAUAAAAUUUACGGAGUUAAAAAUCAAGUUUACAAGGAAGGAUGGCAUUUGAUGAUGCCAUGGUUCGAGAGACCAAUUGUUUAUGACUUGCAAUCUAGACCACUUACUCUUAAGUCAGUCACUGGAUCAUAAGACUUGCAAAUGGUUAAUAUAAGUUUGAGAAUCUUGUAUCGCCCUGAGAAAUCAAGACUCCCAGAUCUAUACAGAUUCCUUGGUACAGAUUACGAUUAAAGAGUUCUUCCUUCAAUCGCAAAUGAAGUAUUAAAAGCAGUUGUAGCUUAAUAUAAUGCAUCCCAAUUACUUACAAAGAGAGAAGAUGUUAGUAAUUUUAUUAGAGCCACUCUAUAAGAGAGAGCUAAGGACUUUAUGAUCUAAGUCGAUGAUAUCUCUAUUGUUGAGUUAUCUUUCUCUCAAGAUUAUACCAGAGCAGUCGAAGAGAAGCAAAUUGCUUAACAAUAAGCAUAAAGAGCACAAUAUAUGGUUAUGCAAGCUGCCCAGGAUAAGAAAUCUACAAUCAUUAAGGCUUAAGGAGAGGCCAGAGCUGCUGAGCUACUCGGACCCGCUAUUGGAAAAUCAGGAGCUUACAUCUAGAUUAAAAGAAUUGAAGCAGCUAGAGAUAUUGCAGAUGCCCUUUCAAAGAGCAGAAAUAGAGCAUUUUUAGAUUCAGACACCCUAUUGCUUAACUUAACUAGCACAUUAGACAGCAAUUUAGAAAAGGUAGGAGCUAACCCUAGAGAGUUAUAAGACCAAACAAAAUGA